AUGAUACCCUCCAAGAUGACCAGCGCUCACCCAGAGGAGGACGCUCUGGACACCUUUCUGCAGUACAUUGAGGAUAUGGGGAUGAAGGCAUAUGACGGCCUAGUGAUUCAGAAUGCCUCUGACAUUGCCCGAGAGAACGAUCGCUUGAGAAAUGAAACAAACCUGGCCUACCUGAAGGAGAAGAAUGAGAAACGCCGCAGACAGGAAGAAGCCAUAAAGCGCAUAGGUGGGGAGGUCGGGCGAGGCCACGACGCCGGCUACGUGGGCAAGCACUUCCGCAUGGGAUUCAUGACGAUGCCGGCCCCUCAGGACAGACUUCCCCAUCCGUGCUCCAGUGGCUUCACCGUGAGGUCGCAGUCCCUGCACUCGGUCGGGGGCACGGAGGAUGACAGCAGCUGUGGCUCCCGGAGACAGCCACCACCCAAGCCCAAGCGGGACCCCAGCACCAAGCUGAGCACCUCCUCGGAGACGGUCAACAGCACUGCGGCCACUAAGGGCGGGAGGCCAGCCGAGAGGCCUGAAGUGUCUGCCAAACCAAGACCCCACAGUGAUGAAUAUUCAAAGAAGAUUCCCCCUCCGAAACCUAAACGGAACCCAAACACUCAGCUUAGCACGUCCUUCGAUGAAACGUACAUCAAAAAGCACGGGCCCAGGAGGACAUCGCUGCCUCGGGACUCCUCCCUGUCCCAGGUCAGCACCCCGGCAGGAGACCCUGAGGAGGAGGAGCCCGUGUACAUCGAGAUGGUGGGGAACAUUCUCAGAGACUUCAGGAGAGAGGACGACGACCAGAGCGAGGCCGUCUACGAGGAAAUGAAAUACCCCAUUUUCGACGACUUAGGCCAAGAUUCCAAAGGCGACUUUGACCAUCACAGUUGUUCUUCGCAGUGUGCUACUCCCACGGUGCCUGACUUGGACUUCGCCAAGUCCUCAGUGCCAUGUACUCCUAAGGGUUUGCUUUGUGACAUCCCCCCGCCCUUUCCUAACUUGCUGUCUCACAGACCCCCUCUGCUGGUGUUCCCGCCAGCCCCUGUGCACUGCUCCCCCAAUUCCGACGAGUCUCCACUAACCCCGCUGGAAGUCACCAAGCUUCCCGUGUUGGAAAAUGUGUCUUACAUGAAACAGUCCGCGGGAGCCUCUCCAUCCUCCCUGCCAUCUCACACCUCCGGCCACUCGAAACUGGAGAAGGACCAGCCAGGAGCCCUGGGACCUGCCUCUGCCACGUCUGUGCUCUCCUCGUCCCCGCCGCCUCCUUCCACUUUGUACCGAACGCAGUCUCCCCAUGGCUACCCUAAAAGUCACUCCACCUCACCCUCGCCUGUCAGCAUGGGCAGGUCCCUGACCCCGCUGAGCCUCAAGAGGCCUCCCCCCUACGACGCCGUGCAUUCAGGAAGCCUCUCCAGGAGCUCUCCCUCAGUGCCUCAUUCCACCCCCAGACCCGUGUCGCAAGAUGGGGCCAAGAUGGUCAACGCUGCGGUGAACACCUACGGGGCGGCUCAGAGUGGCUCUAGGUCCAGAACACCCACGAGUCCUUUGGAAGAACUCACCAGCCUCUUUACCUCAGGACGCAGCCUGCUGAGGAAGUCAUCCAGUGGCCGACGUUCCAAGGAGCCAGCAGAAAAAUCCACAGAGGAGCUGAAAGUCCGAAGUCAUAGCACAGAGCCACUGCCCAAGUUGGAAAGCAAAGAGAGAGGGCACCAUGGGUCAUCAUCCUCGAGAGAGCCUAUCAAAGCUCAGGAAUGGGAUGGAACACCAGGUCCACCUGUGGUCACCAGUAGGAUGGGAAGGUGCUCUGUGAGCCCCACCUUGUUGGCAGGAAACCACAGCUCAGAACCUAAAGUAAGCUGCAAGUUAGGCCGAUCUGCAUCCACAUCAGGUGUGCCUCCGCCCUCGGCUCCUCCUCUCAGGCAAGCCAGUGACCUGCAACAGAGCCAGGUGGCUUGCAUGCAGUGGUUUCAUGGAGACCAUACAAUGCUUGAGAUGAUUGAGAAAAAGCGUUGCUUGUGCAAGGAAAUAAAGGCUAGACAGAAAACGGAAAAGGGCCUUUGCAAACAGGAUAGCAUGCCUAUCCUACCCAGCUGGAAGAAGAGCACAGGUGCAAAGAAGUGCAGCCCUCCACCAUAUUCUAAACAGCAAACGGUAUUCUGGGACACUGCCAUCUGA